AUGGUGUUUGAACUACAUAUCUGGGGCCCAGCGUUCGAGCUUCCUUCUAUCGAUGCCCAAUGCCUAGCUACAAUCCUCUACCUGCGCCAAUGUCUGCAACCCGACAGCUGGGUGCUGAUUCCCUCGAGUGACGCACGCGUUAGUCCUCUCGGAGAACUCCCUGCGUUGUGCGAUGGUGAGACCUGGGUCGCUGGGUUCACCAAUAUCGUCGACUACCUACGAGAAAUCUCCAAUGGCGAACGAGACCUAAACAAAGACCUUAGUGCCCAGCAACAAGCAGACUGCGCGGCGUUCUCGGCCUUCAUUACCUCACGCGGUCAACCUCUCCUCGAUCUCAGCCUCUACGUGAGCAGUGACAAUUAUCUUAAUUGCACAAGGCAAGCUCUCAGCGAUAUCUUGACAUGGCCGAACAGCUGGAACUUACCUCACCAAUGGCGCGCACAAGCAAAGAAGAGAUCGGAACAUUUAGGCCUGAGCAGUCUGGACGUGGACAGUACACAGGAGGAGAAUAAGAAAGCAGACGCAGGGCUGACUGCGCACAUACCAAAGUCUCUCAGAAAGCCCAAGCAGACAGUCACAGGGCUGCUAGGCCGGAAUCAUCAAAAGAAUCGGUUUCGACUGGAUGCUGUCACCGAAGAUUUCUUUGAGCCACUAAGUGAAAUGCUCGGGGAGAAGAAUUGGCUACUGGGGGAACAGGCCAGCAGCGCUGACUGUCUGGCGAUUGGCUACCUGGCCCUGAUGCAGACGCCUGCACUGGAUCACGAAUGGCUGCGGGAGUCUCUACAGACGAAACAUACCAAUCUGGACCAGUGGGCAAAGAGUCGGGCUGCGGAAAUGUUUGGUCCGCCGGUCGAUGCCUCUUGGGCUCUGGGACGGACGCCAGGGUUUGCCACUGCCCAGUCACCAUUACCAUGGCGCGUACCUGCGUCUAGGAGCCUCUCACAAGUCUUGCAGGCGGUGGUCGACGGGUGCAUUAGUUCGAUCCCCGCCUUAGGAUCUUUGCAUGGGAUCUCGGAGAUCGGCAACACGCGUGGAGCAGGUCGAGAACGAUACCGCGAGAAACAAUUGCAGUUGGCGAGGCUUCAGCGACAGCGCGACAUGUACCUGGGAGUGGUGGCGUCAACGGUGACGACGAUGGGACUGGUAGCAUGGUUGGUGUAUCAAGGCCUGCUACCAAUGCCUCGUUGGGGACGCUCUGCGCCGCGAAGACGUGGAUUUGGCGAAGCAGGAGUGCUUCUGGGGUUGUGA